AUGAAGUCUGUCGCUAUCUUCUGUGCCUUGUUCGCUGUCUCUACCGCUCAAUUGGCUGCCUGGCCAUCAACCUCCUAUUCUCCAUUCUACCAGGCCUUGUUCGGUGGAGCCGCUGCUCCAGUCGUCGCUGCUGCUCCAGCAUAUGCUCCAGCUCCAGCUUAUGCUCCAGCCCUCGGAGCCCCAGCAUAUGCCCCAGCUCUCGCUGCUCCAGCCUACGCUCCCGCUCUUGCUGCUCCAGCUUACGCCCCAGCUCCAGUCGUCGCUGCUGCCCCAGCUUAUGCUCCAGCUCCAGUUGUUGCAGCUGCUCCAGCUUUGGCUCCAGCCUACGCUCCAGCUCCAGUUGCCUCUCCAAUGAUCGCUGCUGCGCCAGCUCUAGCUGCUGCUUCAGUCAACGGACUCCCAGUUGCUGCUGCUCCAGUUGCUGCCGCCGCUCCAGUCAUGGCUGCUGCUCCAGCUUUCGCCCCAGCCGCCAUCCCAGCAGCCGUUCCAGCUUACGCUCCAUUCCAAACCGCCGCUUACUGGAUCGGAUCCAACAAGGCUAAGACCAUCAAGGCAUAA